ACGAGAGAGAAGGGCUGUAGUACAGCUGCUACAGGAUAUUGAGUCCGAUACGGGAUGGCCAAUCGCGGCCCAGGUCGGAAGGCUUCAGGAAGAAUGGUAUGGUAGUAUUCCACAGAGCUAAGCUCUGUGGCAGCGAUGGCGAGAGUAUAAGCAAUAGCAACGGUAGCAGCAAUAGCACAAUAGCAGCCAAGUUGAGAAAAAGAGAAGGAAAGGGGGAACAAGCAGAAUAUACGCUCCUGGGGAGGCUAUAUUAUACCACGAAGUCUCGGGAUCAGGCGAUGGAUGUCGUUUAUGUACCACGACAUGCAGCAGGGUCACAAGAGGCAGUAGAGGUGGUUUGCGAGAUUCAGGUUGAAAAACCUGCAGUACAGCCGCUCAUCUUGACAGGGCAAUGCUUGGAAGACCCACAAGAGCUGUUGCAAAGCUGCUCCAGUUGCUACAGGAUGUUAGAAUUCGAUACCGGGUGGCUGACCGUGGCCUAGGUUUGAUGACUUUAGGAAGAAUGGUGAAAUAGUAUUUUACAGAGCUAAUAGAGGGGAAAGGUUAUCUAGCACCCCAGUUGUGGCUUAAUGAAUAACAAGGCAGUUAGUGACGAUAAUAAAGAUAGAGCAUGGUAUGCUGGCCUUCAC